AUGCAAGAGGGCCAGGAAGCUGACCACCUGGCUUGCGCCAUUAAAAACUAUUUACUUAUCGAUUUUCUGUGGGACAAAAGGGGCGCUCGCGUGCCUGCCUGCGGUGGUGGUGGUGGCGGUGUGUCGUUUGGUGAAAUGCGCCAGCGGCACCUGCAUCCGAUUAAUGUCCCACCCCGGUCCCAGAAGUGGUUCAACUUUCGUGGGAACGUCCCUUAA